AUGGAUGUCAAGGCGGCCCCCAACGGGGUGGCCACCAUCGAGGACCGCAUCCUGCGGAUCACCGGCUACUAUGGCUAUUACCCGGGUUACUCCAGUCAGAAAAGUACCUCCAGAUCAUCAGUUACUCGAUGUAAACCUGGAGCCAACUGCCCCAGUUCACACAGUAGCAUCAGCAGACAACUGUCCCCUCUCUCUGUCACAGAAGAUUCCUCUGCUCCUAUUCUUGAACUUCAGAGUCGAGGAUCCUCUGGAGUUUGUGGACACAGAGCUGAGAGGCAAAACAGAUCAGGGGAUGAUGGAGCACAGACUCAUCCUGAGAACAGCAGCCAAGAAAACAGAAUCAAGGCUCGCUGCCUGUCCUGCAUGUCCAUGGUUCUGAAGGCUGUCUGGGGACUUUUGAUCAUCUUGUCAGUGUCAUCAUCUUGGGUUGGAACCACACAGAUUGUAAAAAUUACUUACAAGAACUUCUACUGUCCAUUUUUCAUGACUUGGUUUUCAACAAACUGGAACAUUAUGUUUUUCCCAGUCUAUUAUUCUGGUCAUCUGGCCACUGCUCAAGAAAAACAAUCUCCAAUGAAAAAAUUCAGGGAAUGCAGUCGAAUUUUUGGUGAAGAUGGUCUGACCUUGAAGCUCUUUCUUAAAAGAACUGCUCCCUUUUCUAUUCUGUGGACUUUGACUAAUUACCUGUAUUUACUGGCUUUAAAGAAGCUGACAGCCACGGAUGUCUCUGCUCUGUUCUGUUGUAACAAAGCCUUUGUCUUCUUGCUGUCAUGGAUCGUGCUGAAAGACAGGUUCAUGGGAGUGAGGAUAGUUGCUGCAAUAAUGGCAAUCACUGGCAUCGUGAUGAUGGCAUAUGCAGAUAACUUCCACGCCGAUUCUAUCAUAGGAGUGGCAUUUGCCGUGGGCUCAGCCUCAACAUCUGCACUGUAUAAGGUUUUGUUUAAGAUGUUUCUUGGAAGUGCUAACUUUGGUGAGGCAGCACACUUUGUCUCUACGUUGGGUUUCUUCAAUUUAAUCUUCAUCUCCUUCACCCCAGUCAUCCUGUAUUUCACCAAGGUGGAGCACUGGUCCUCGUUUGCAGCUCUGCCAUGGGGCUGUCUCUGCGGGAUGGCAGGGCUCUGGCUGGCCUUCAACAUCCUGGUGAAUGUUGGUGUGGUGCUGACAUACCCAAUCCUCAUCUCUAUUGGGACAGUGCUCAGCGUUCCUGGAAAUGCAGCUGUGGAUCUCCUGAAGCAGGAGGUAAUAUUCAAUGUCGUCCGCCUGGCUGCUACCAUCAUCAUCUGCAUUGGGUUUCUGCUGAUGCUCUUGCCUGAGGAGUGGGACGAAAUUACCCUCAGAUUCAUCAACAGCCUAAAGGAAAAGAAGAGCGAGGAGCACGUGGAUGACAUCACCGAUUCCAGUGUCCACCUGCGAAGCAGAAGCAGGGCCAAUGGGGCCGUGUCCAUACCACUGGCUUAA